ACAUUAUCAACGCGUGAUAUUAAUGGGGCUAACCUACUUCACCUGUAAAAGCUAAGAAACAAUAUCACUUGCCUUGCGUUUUGAUGGUUGCGUAAUCUUCUCUUUCCUUCUUCUCUCUCUCUCUAUAUAUUAUUACCUGUUAGCAUUUAUAUUACUCACCAGAUGCCAUCACUCGCAUAGGCUUACUCGCACACGCAUUUCCAUCGUUCUUUUGGCCUUUUUUUUUUUUUUGACCUUUAAUUUGAUUCUUACAAUUUGAUAGUGAUAUGGAGAAGGGAUGGGGGGUGUUUGGGGUGGUGUUGAUUUUGAGUUUGUGCUUUGGGGCAAUUAGAGGGGCACCCCAAGUUCCUUGCUACUUUAUUUUUGGAGAUUCAUUGGUGGAUAAUGGGAAUAAUAAUCAACUGUCGUCACUGGCUAGAGCUGAUUACUUGCCUUAUGGGAUUGACUUCCCUAAUGGACCGACCGGAAGGUUUUCCAAUGGUAAAACUACGGUCGAUGUCAUAGCUGAACUUUUGGGCUUUGACGAUUACAUUCCUCCUUACUUAACCGCUAGAGGUAGACAGAUUCUCGGAGGAGUCAACUAUGCAUCCGCGGCUGCCGGAAUCAGAGAAGAGACUGGACAGCAACUGGGAGAUCGGAUCAGCUUUAGCGGGCAAGUGAAAAAUUACCAGCAAACAGUUUCACAGGUGGUAAACUUGCUAGGAGAUGAAGAUAAAGCAGCAGAUUAUUUGAGCAAGUGUAUUUACUCAAUUGGACUUGGUAGCAACGAUUACCUUAACAACUAUUUCAUGCCUCUUUAUUACUCAACCGGCAGGCAAUAUAGCACCGAGCAAUUUGCUGAUAUUCUUAUUCAAGAAUAUACUCAGCAGCUUCAGGCUUUGUACGACUAUGGGGCCAGGAAGUUUGUGUUGAUUGGGUUGGGUCAGAUCGGCUGCAGUCCAAAUGAAUUGGCUCAAAACAGCGGAGAUGGUCGAACUUGUGUGGAGAGAAUCAAUGCUGCCAACCGGAUUUUCAAUAACAAGCUUAGAGGUCUUGUCGAUCAGUUCAACAACGCCAAUUCUGAUGCAAAAUUCAUCUACAUUAAUCCGUAUGGAAUUUUCCAAGACAUAACAAGCAAUCCUGCAGCUUAUGGUUUUAAGGUAACAAAUGCAGGGUGUUGUGGGGUUGGGAGGAACAAUGGGCAAAUUACCUGCUUGCCUUUCCAAACUCCAUGCCAAAAUAGGGAUGAGUAUUUGUUUUGGGAUGCUUUCCAUCCAGGUGAGGCUGCAAAUGUGAUUAUUGGAAGGAGGUCAUACAGUGCUCAGUCUCCCUCCGACGCUUACCCGAUCGAUAUCCGCCGUCUUGCCCAGCUCUGAAGAUGGAGAUCAGGCUUUGAUGAGAUAAUAAUUUAUAAAUAAUAGUCCAUAUAUAUAAUUCACACUAUUUUUCUGCAAUUCUAAAUAUUGUUACGAUUAUUUGUGUCAGUGUUCUAAGGGAUGUGGCAUUUAAUUAUAGUUUCAAAUAUCUACGAACUCAUGGUUCUGGCCUUUGGGUGUAUCUUUGGAAAGUUAUUAAUGUAAAAACUUUGGUUAAUUUGUAUCGUUAGUUAUAAUGGCAAUGGCAUAUGAAUUUGGAACACCUGAUCAGAGUGAGUAUGAA